AUGGCCACUGUGAUCGGCGACGUCUUCACCGACUCCUCGCGAUUACACACUAUGAUUGGGGGGCCGAGUGUGCAGCAUCAGCAUUCUCGCGAUACCCAUUUCCAGAGCCGAUCCACGAGUCGAUCUCGCGACAGAGAGGUACACCCCCACCCCUCGCGGCCCGCGACUAGUCCUCGAAGGCAAGGCUCCGGCACUACGGCCAGCACCCACUACCCCUCGCACAGCCGGCGGGACUGGGACGACACUGCGCCGGGAGCAACAACAGGGGCAAGUGCGAAGGAAAUACCGACGACGCAGCAUCAUUUGGGAGGCGGCGGUGCGUCGCGCUUCCCCUCUCCGCCCUCAUCAUCCUCGCCGUCAGAAACAGCAUCUGCAGAUGCACGCCCCCCGCACGCCACACCAGGAUGCGCGCCUGCGGUGAUUCACGACGUCAUGUCGGGGUCGUCGUCGGUUACAUCGAGCGUCUCGAGCGCCUCGUCUGCGAGCACCGCAACGACCGUGAUAGCCGCCCACACGAAGCCCAUACCAUCUCCUGAUUCCGAUACCAGCCCGACCUGGAACUCGGCCGCCGACGCACAGCCUGCUCUCGUUGUGCCGGCGUCGUUGCCUCUUGACAACGACCCGAGCUCUCCCAUCCAAACCCAGACUACGAUCCGAGUCCGCGACCUCGCCCACAUUCGGAGUCUCGCUCGAGAAGACCUGCUUACGGCCGCCGGUCCCGGGAUCCUCAAUGACCCGCCACUACAGCAAAUGAAAUAUGAGAUUAGUGCGAUGCCUAUUGGCGAUAUCAUUGAGAUGGUCGCCGCGCUACUCACCAAGAUUACCACGACCAACGACCUGCAGCACGACGCUCUUAAUAGGAACGCCGCCCAUGUCAGGCAGGCCCAGGCCCAGGCCCAGGCCCAGGCAAGAAACGAGGACGGGGGCGGAGACGGCAUGAGCCCGCAGAGCAGUAGUGUUCUAGCUUUCCACGGAAAGAAUGUGCCUGCUAUUACGAUUCUGAGCUACCUCAGUCGGAUCCAUAAGUACUGUCCGACUACUUACGAAGUAUUCCUAAGUCUUCUCGUGUAUUUUGACCGGAUGACGGAGCGGGUUAAUGACAUGGUGAUGAAGAGCGAAGAGGCUCGGCGGUUGCAGCUUGAGGCUGCCCAGAGCCAGCCCUUGCAGGCGCAAUAUGGACAGUCGAGGAGCAGUGGCGCCAGGAUCUCGGCUCCCCGGGCUACGGAUACGGACACGGUUAUGCAUGACGACGAUAGCCAGGAGAGCGAUGAGACAGAUUCUGACUUGGCCGACGACGACGACGACGAUGACGAAGUCGACGAGUCGCCCGUGAGCCAACGAUCCGGGAGAACGGGGAGUGGCGGCGCCGGAACGAUCGAGGGAGCCCCAGUCCUCAACGCAAACAUCAAUGCGGCCUCUGGCCAGGGAACUUAUUUUGUUGUCGACAGCUUCAAUAUCCACCGACUUAUUAUUGCCGGCGUUACCUGUGCCAGCAAGUUCUUCUCCGACGUGUUUUACACAAACUCGCGCUACGCAAAGGUCGGCGGUCUACCUCUUGCAGAACUCAACCACCUAGAGCUCCAGUUCCUCAUACUGAACGACUUCCGCCUGGCCGUACCUGUCGAGGAUCUCGAGGCGUACGCUACAAUGCUUGUUGAGUUCUAUGCACGCGAAGUUGUGUCGCAGAGGUCUAGGCCGGUCACGGGCAUGGAUUGA